AGGCGUCCAUAAAUGGGACGACCAGUGCGCUGAUCAGCUUUCCAGCACGGAGCCACAACAUGGCAAUAGAAGUGUCAGUGGUCAGUGUGGGAGCUGUGUUGCUUGUUGUACUGCUGCUAGUAGUACUGAGCUGCAUUUCUGAUCGGAGAGACAAAUCUGGGGAGCACAAGGGAACUCAAUCUGGACUCCUGCACCAUCUCUAUCAGUAUCGUCCCGGCUCCUCAUCUCCCUCCCUCCCAGGUCCUCCUGGCCUCUUCCUCAUCGGCAACAUGAUGGAGCUGACACACGAUCAUCUGCCGAUUCACUUGACCAACUUGGCGAAGCGCUAUGGAAACAUUUACCGGUUGAAAUGUGGACACAUAACCAUGGUGGUACUUAACAGUAGUGAAGUUAUAAGAGAAGCACUUGUGAAGAAAUGGUCUGACUUUGCUGGGAGACCAAAUUCAUACACAGGUGAUGCUGUGUCUGGGGGAGGCCGCACCAUCUCUCUGGGGGACUACAAUGAGGAGUGGAGGGCACAUCGUCGUCUCGUCCACAGUGCUUUGCAGCGCUGCUGCCAGAGAUCUUUGCACGAUGUGAUCGAGAGACAGGCACUGCAUCUGCGAAAGGUUUUGAUGGAUUAUCGAGAAAGUGGUGUGGAUCUCUCAGAGGAUUUCACAGUGGCUGCCAGUAAUGUCAUCACCACUUUGGCUUUUGGAAAAGAAUAUGACAAGAGUUCUCCGGAGCUGCAGCAGCUGCACAGCUGUUUGAAUGAAAUUGUCGCUCUGUGGGGUUCCUCUUGGAUUUCUGCUCUGGACUCCUUCCCACUGCUCAGGAAAUUACCGAAUCCCGUGUUUUCCCGUCUGCUGAAAGAAGUGGCCAGGAGAGAUGAAAUUAUAAAACUGCAUCUCAACAAUUACAAGUCACAAGACAAAAAAAAUGAGGACGCCAUCGCAGGAUCCCUCCUCCAGGGCCUUGAGAAACAUCGCAACACCGAGCAUGGAGUGCUGCUUACAGAUACUCACAUUCACAUGGCCACUGUGGAUCUUCUCAUUGGGGGAACAGAGACCACUGCAGCCUGGCUGAGCUGGACUGUGGCCUUCCUGUUGCACAGGCCAGAGGUGCAGACCAGGGUGCAUGAGGAGAUGUGUACAGUGCUGGAGGGCCGAUACCCCAAGUACAGUGACAGACACAGACUCCCCGUCCUCUGCUCUUUGAUCAAUGAGGUGCUCAGACUCAGGCCAGUUGCCCCGCUGGCGGUGCCACACAGAGCCAUCAGAGACAGCAGCAUUGCAGGUUACUUCAUCCCUAAGAACACAGUCAUCCUUCCUAACCUUUUUGGAGCUCACCAUGAUCCUACAGUUUGGUCUGACCCAUACAGCUUCAAACCAGAGCGCUUUCUAGAAGGAGGAGGAGGCUCCACACGUGCCCUGAUCCCUUUCGGAGGGGGGGCUCGGCUCUGCCUGGGGGAGUCUGUCGCCAAAAUGGAGCUCUUCCUGUUCACUGCCUACUUGUUGAGAGACUUCCAGUUCAUCCUUCCUGAGAGCGAGGCCUCCCUGCCCGACCUGAGAGGAGUUGCCAGUGUGGUGCUCAAGGUCAAGUCGUACACAGCUGUAGCCCGUCCAAGGCCUGUGACUAAUCCCUGAGCUGCAGAGGGUGCACUGCUUACUUGUUACAUAAACAUAAGUGCAUUUGUGUGCAAAUGAAUGAAUACAUGUUCUGUUUGUCUGUAGUACUAUAUGCUGAUUAAAAUUGCCUAAACCUAA